CCCAUCCAGUGAUAACCCCUAAAUGGGCUCAUCGGCCCAAUGAAAUACAAAACAGAACUAUUGUUGACAUCGUCUCUGUAACUCGCCGUCGUUGCGCACGAUUGACCGGUAAAUUGUACAUAACAGUCACUUUCCUUAUAACUCGCCCAAUCGAUCUGACCCGACCCGACUCGACUCGACCCAUUAUUACUCUAAAAAAUCCAUCAGAACUAAAGUUGCCGUCGUCUCUGUAACUUCGCCGUCGUUGAGGAGCACGAUUGUGUUCGUCUGACCAAGAAAUGACUAGAAAACUGUAAUUAACAGUCACCUUCGUGAUUUCUGGUUAUUGGCAUUAGGGUUUCGCUAUAAUGCGGUGGUUGCUACAGGGAAGAGUUAAUUUGUCUACUAGUUUGUGUAAAUGCAGAGAAAGGUUUGAUUUUUUAUAUCAGCAGAGAUGUGGUUUAGUUAACGUUAAGUUGAAAUGGGUUAAAGAUAAAGAACUUGAUGCUGUUGUGGUUCGUGAAAAGCAUCUUAAAGCAGUUUGUAAUCUCGUUUCAGUUAUUUCGGCUUCUCCUGAUUUGAAACUACCUAUCUUUAAGCUUUUGCCUCACCGCGGUCAGCUCGGUUUGCCUCAAGAUCUUAAGCUUUCGGCGUUUAUUCGGAGAUAUCCCAACAUUUUUGUGGAGCAUUGUUAUUGGGAUAAUGCAGGUACUAGUGUUCCUUGCUUUGGUUUAACGUGUGAGGCGAUUGAUCUUUAUUGUGAAGAAGCUGAUGUUUUACGGGUUAACGAAAAGGAUGUUAUUGUGAGGUUGUGUAAACUUCUUAUGCUUACGUGUGAAAGAACACUUUCGCUACAUUCCAUUGAUCAUCUCAGAUGGGAUUUGGGUUUGCCGUAUGAUUAUAGAGAUUCAUUGAUUCCUAAGCACCCGGAUUUGUUCUGUUUGGUGAAGUUGUCUAGUGAUCUUGAUGGUUUGAAAUUGAUAUAUUGGGAUGAACACCUUGCUGUUUCCCAACUGCAGAUAAAAGAGGACGUUGGAAAUAAUGAUCAUAUAGCCUUUCCGGUUAAAUUUACGAGGGGGUUUGGAUUGAAAAGGAAGAGCAUGGAGUGGCUCCAAGAAUGGCAGAGACUCCCUUAUACCUCACCUUAUGUCGAUGCAUCUCAUUUGGAUCCAAGAACUGAUUUGUCAGAGAAGAGAAAUGUCGGAGUGUUUCACGAACUUCUUCAUCUAACAAUUGGGAAAAAGACAGAGAGGAAAAACGUUAGCAAUCUUCGUAAACCGUUUGCACUUCCGCAGAAGUUCACCAAAGUAUUUGAGCGUCACCCGGGUAUUUUCUACAUUUCUAUGAAAUGUGAUACGCAGACAGUGAUCCUUAGAGAAGCAUAUGAUAGGCGACAUCUCAUUGAAAAGCACCCUCUCGUUGAAAUCAGGGAAAAAUUCGCAAACAUGAUGAAUGAAGGGUUUCUGGAUAGAAGUCGGGGACUAUAUCAGAAAUCUGUUGAUACUGAUUCGGGGAAGAACAAUAUCAAGACAAUUUAUCCGGUUUGGUCAGAAGAAGAAGAGUCAGACAAUAAUCCGAAAUCUCGAUACGACUCUGAUUGUCAUCUAGUUAAAGAAACAUAAAACGGAUGUUUUAGUAGUGAGUCCGGGUACAAGUUUUGUUACAAUGGAACCAAAUCAAGACGUCGCAGAAGGUGUGAGAGUUAAAGAUCGCAUUCUGCAUCUAAGCCUGAGCUUUCGGCAGUGAAUGGGGUUCUCCAUUUAAAUUCAGUCAACUGAAUCUGAUACUUCAUCUUUCCCACAAUCUUCCAAGCUGCGAUGUUAAAAACAAAAACCUCAUUUGAUGGAACGCAACAGACGACAUUUUCAAGUGAGCUUUUAGCAUUUUCGCUAGCAAACAAAAGCUGGUUGAUUGAUUGUUGCCGGUUCUCUAAACGCGUAACAAGGACAUAGAAAGAGGAAUGGGUAAAUUACUUUGGACUUGUCUUGUUUGAAGCGUGCAUACACCUUUAGUCAAUCUGAGUCAUGACAUCGUGUUUUCCGGAAGAUGAAUUAUUGGUCUGAGGCAUACAUUGGAUCGUUGAUAGUGUGGUUGUUCUUUAUUUGUCAUUUGAAUCGGUCUCUUAACAUACAACAAAUUCAAAACCUUGUUGUUUUCGUAUCUGGAAAUAAUAUUACAUAUUUAUGAAA